AGGCCCCGCUCAGCUGACUCCUGCCUGCCCCAACCCGUCGCCCUCCGGGUGUCUUGGGAACACAGGUCCCAGCAUCCCAGGCCGAGGAUGCUGGGAGUUGCAGUCCAAGACGUCCGGAAGGCGGCAGGGCGGAGAGCAGCUGCCCCGAGCUCCUUCUGCCGGCGCGACCACCUUCCUCUCCCGUGGCGCAGCCUGCCGGCGGGGCCUGGACUGCAAUCCCCAGCAUGCUCCGCGGCCGAGGGGGCGUCCAACAUGGCGGCGGCCGGCAGCAGCGGCGGCAGCAGCGGCGAGGAAGAGGAGGGGGCGGCGGCGCUGGCGUUGGCGCGCCUCCGGGAGGCCACCUGGGACCCGGCGCUCCUGCGGAACCCCACCGGCGGUAUCUUGAAGAAGAGCAAGUUGUCAUCAGCUGAAUCUAGCAUCAGAGAAAGGGCCAGUGGUCACGGGCAGGAUGGAAAUGAACUGCAGACCACCCCUGAAUUUCGAGCACACGUUGCAAAGAAACUGGGAGCCAUCCUGGACAGCUCGAUUAAGCCCGUGGAACCUCCGCUCUGGCCCCUGCAGAAGGACAUGGCCGCCUCAAGGACAGAAGACGACGGCUUUCGCCUGUUUUCCUCAUCUGUCCCAGGGGACUGUGGGAAACCAGAACCUUUGCCCUCUGGAAGGAGACGGCAUCAGCGUUCCAGCUCCAGCGAGCUGGACAGUGACCAAGAAUGGCAGAGAUGCCAGGAAGCUGCUGUGACAGCAGCAGACAUCCUAAAACAAGGUGGACUGUUAGCCGUGCUCCAAGACUCUGGCCAGGACCAGAGUUCCCAGGCCACAGAGCCCAGCAUGAAGAAGAGGAGGAAAAAGAGCAAACUGAAAGGGAAGAGUAAUGGUGAGCAGGACGCAAAAGACUCAGUGGAGAAGGACCAGGCGGACACUGAGACUGAGGGGUCCUCGUGCCUCAAUGGGGCAUGUAAGAGAGCAGAGAACACAGGCACGGAAGGCGGAGUGAUGGCAAAGAAGAAGAAGAAGAAGACGAAGAAACGGAAGACAGUGCAAGCCAGGGCAGAAUGAAGGUCCCACGGACUUUUGGUGCCGAGGAGAGUUGCUGAUUUUCAGAGGGGCAGCCAUGUUGCAGCGCACACAACAAGGAGCCUUGUGGCACCUUAAAGACUGAGAAUGUAUUUGGGCAUUGGCUUUUGUGUCUUGCUGAUGACAAGAUGAACAGACUGAACGGGAGACUCUGUGAAACUCUGACUGUAGUAGCGUAUGGAUGCUUUUCUGCCCAGCAUACCAAAGCAGCUGCUCUAACUGGAAACUCCCUUCCUUCCUAGUGUCAAGCACAUUGUUUCAUAGCUCCCCCUUCUCUGUGUCUUCUCCCCAUUCCUAAAUUGAUUUUUGUGCUAUUAAAUCUGCCGAAGUGCUACAUGAGA